UCAGCGGUUUUAGUCGUCAUUAUGGUUUAAUUAUAAAUAUUAAUAUUAAUUAUUAAAAAUCGCGAAAUUCCCGAAAAGAAAUGGAGACUGAUUUCAGCAACGAAAAAUAUUACAACAAACUUAAAGAAGUUGUAUACAUUCCUCCUAGUGAAGAAGACAAUAAACCACAACUUUUACAAUUGGAAAACAAUAAUAAAUAUAAGGACAGUUAUUUUCUAUAUUUAUCUGCUUUUACAGCUGAUUUGGUAGCAUUCGCCACUGGCUGCCACAUGGCAUGGUGCUCUCCAGCUCUAGCAAAAUUGCAGGAAACUGAUCCAAAUGUAAAUCCUCUAGGAGAGGCUGUAUCGUCAAUACAAGAAUCAUGGAUAGCCUCUUUAGUGAGCUUAGGUGCCGCCGUGGGACCUUUAUUUAUUGGAAAAUUAGCCGAUAAUCUUGGAAGGAAGAAAACCUUAAUUUUGUUAUCCUUACCUAUGCUCGUAGCUUUCAUUACAUUAGCAUUUUCUAAUAAUAUUACUCUCUUCUACGUUGCACGGUUUGUUGGGGGUUUAGGUGUGGGUAGUUCAUUUGCAAUUUUACCCAUGUAUUUAGGGGAGAUCACAGAAAACCACAACAGAGGGAAAUUCGGGUGCAUAAUGGCCGUAUUUAUCACUCUCGGAAUUUUAUAUCCAUUUGUAGUUGGUCCUCUCGUGUCCCUCAGACUUUUUUCCUUUUCAUGUGCUAUACCUCUUAUGCUGUUUUUGAUAUUUUUCUCUUUGUUUAUUCCUGAGUCGCCUAUUUUUUUGAUAUCCAAUAAUUGCUCAGAAGAGGCAAAGGAAGCUUUAAUGAAGUUAAGAAGUAAAAGUAGCAGUCAAGUAGAAAAUGAGCUUUCAGCAAUUGCUAAAGAAAUAGAAAAAGAUAAAGAUAAAAAAGGUGGAAUAGGAGAUCUUCUUAUAGUACCCAAUUUGAGGAGAGGAUUUACUGUAAGCGUUGGGUUGGUAGCUUUACAACAAUUUGCUGGAAUAAACGCCGUUCAGAGCUUUAUGGGACAAAUAUUUGAUGCAUCAGGUAGUGAAAUGUCAACAUAUAUGUCUACCAAUUUAGUUGGUGUUAUUCAAGUCGUAGCAACUUUUUUAACUUCUGUCACUGUAGAAAAAUUGGGACGCAAAUUUUUACUUUUAGUAUCUUCUAUAGGAUCUUGCGCGGCUAUUUUAAUACUUGGUUUAUAUUUUUAUUUAAAGAAAAGUGAAAUCUACAAUGUUGACAGCUUGUUUUGGUUGCCGGUUGUUUCUUUAAUGAUCUACAUUGUGUGUUUCAAUGUGGGACUAGGACCUUUACCGUGGGCUAUCAUGGGAGAAAUUUUUCCACCUAACGUUAAAUCCGUAGCUUCAGCUUUGACGGCAUUCUUCUGUUUUUUUACAUCAUUUGGAGUUACUUUAGGCUUUCCAAUCUUAGCUAACCAUUUAGGUAUGGCAGAAUGUUUUUGGAUGUUUGGGGUUUGCUGUAUUUUAGGAAGUUUUUUUGUUUAUUUUGUUGUUCCGGAGACAAAAGGAAAAACGUUGUCAGAAAUUCAACAGUUGUUAAGCAAAAACUAGGCCUGAAAUGGAUUUAUAUUUUUUAUUUGUGUAAUUUGUUUGUAAUUUGUUUUAUAAAGAAAUUAUUUUAAAAACAAA